AUGCGACUGCUCAAACUGUACAACUGUUCACUCUGGAUCAUUGAGGAUUUGGCACCAGAACUUCACACCUUUUCAGAGGGUGAAUUGAAAGAAAUGGUGAAGGACAUCAAAGUACAGGGGAUGCAAUACAUAACUGAAUUUGUGGACCUGGGCAAUGUCUCAGCCUUACGAACAUUCAGAGUUCUCCGGGCGCUGAAAACAAUCUCAGUCAUUUCAGGUUUGAAGACCAUCGUUGGAGCCCUCAUCCAGUCAGUUAGGAAACUUGCAGAUGUGAUGAUCCUGACCGUUUUUUGCUUGAGUGUUUUCGCUCUCAUAGGACUCCAGCUGUUCAUGGGUAACCUCAGGAACAAGUGUGUCCGAGACUAUACAGAGUUCGAAUCCAUCAACGGCACCUUCGCUUCAGAUGAGAGGACUUGGGAAACCUUGAAUGAAUUCAUCAGCGAUCCAGAAAACUACUUCAUUAAAGAGGGCACAACAGAACCAUUACUGUGCGGCAACAGCACAGAUGCUGGCACGUGUCCAAAAGGCUACAGAUGUUUAAAGGCUGGAGACAAUCCUGACCAUGGCUUCACAAGCUUUGAUACUUUCGGCUGGGCUUUUCUCUCCUUGUUCCGUCUCAUGACUCAAGACUGCUGGGAACGCCUCUACCAACAGGAUAUUUUGGACUUCAACACCCAUUUACCCCGGCAAGUUGUCGGGAUGAUCAUUCAGGGCCAGGAAAAAAACAAAGAUAAAACCCCGAUUGGUGCAUGGUGCCCAGGUAUUGCCACUGGCCUAGCUCAAAGAGCCACCUCUUCUCAAACUGAGAUCAGGCCUCGUUCUGAUGUUAGACAUCCCUCUUCUACCCGCAGGCAGGAGAAUCCUAGGCCCCCUUCUCCUUCUGUAAUGAGUGAAGGGUCUAUCUUGGGGGAGGAGGUCCAUCAAGAUAUGGGAUUUUCGGAGGAUGAGGACAUCGUUCCCCCUGACCUUCCGGCCUUCCCUGGUCUCUUCUCUCCUCCUAUGUUUAAAACCUUAUUACAUAAGGCAAGAAGGACCACUAAAAUAGGCACAGGGGACCCUGAUGUUCCCAAGCCAAGAGAUCCCAACCUGGCCAUGUUUUAUAACACUGCCACCAACAAGGAGGAGGUCCCAGCCCCUCCUCUAUUCUUGGAGGUAGUGAAAAACCAAUGGGGACGUCCCUCUACUCUUCCCAACCCUGGGAGUAACGACUGCCACUUCUACAACAUGGAGCAGGCCUUUUCCCAGGCCCUGCAGUUGUCAACUGUAGACACCCCAGUGGCUGCCUUAGCCAUGGCCUCCACAGUAGUGUCAGGUGAUGCAGUCGACAAGUUAAAACCAGAGGACAAACGUGCGGAACUUACCUUGCAUAAGAAUUUCACUGCUUCGGCUGGGCAAUUAGAUCUGCGGCAGUAG